ACACUUGCAGCUGGGUGGCUGAGCUGAGUACAACAUAAGCGCUGAGUACAACAUAAGCGCCAUGGGUGCUGUCAUCAAAAAGAGCAGGAGGGACCAAUGCUCCUGCCAGAGAAAGACCCAAAGAAACCAAACCAGACAGGGGAAGCCACAGGCCAAACAAGCAAGAAAGACAAGAACUAAGGAAGUCACGAAACACGUGAAGAAACUCUCUCAAAAGAAGGGACCCGGCAGAGACAAGGAAUGCCAAUUAACCAAAAAGGCUAGAGAGGACCUGAGUUCCUAUGUAGAAGGACUUUGCAAAGUAGUAACUGCUGAGGCAGACCGCUUGAGGAAGGAAAAAAGUGAAUCCACCAUUAGCCGUGAAGUUCUGGUAGCUGCCUUGGAGCAGUCCUUGUCACAGGGCUCCAUGACCCCAGGUAUCAAGAAGACCAAAAAGAAGGAAGAGGCUUCUGUGGAAGUUGCCAAAAGGAUGCCUAGCCCCUCUGAACAGCAGGCUUCCUCAAACCAGAAGCUGCCAAAGCCACGCAAACGAUCAGCUGCCCCUGUAUAGAAAUCAUCCACCUAGGGCUGAUAUAAAAGAGACAACAAGAAAGGAGAAAGGGGGAAAAUCAGCCUAACAUUUGACUUUCAGUUGUGGUCACUACAACGUAAGGUAUUGCCUAAAUAUUAGCCCUUGAUUGGAAGCCAGGUCAUCACAUCACCUCUUGCAUGGUCAUAUUGGGAAGAAUUUCUGAAGAAGUUACUAUCCUGUGAUGCUGACAACACUAAAUCAUGAAUGGAUGUUGGACAUUGUACCUUGAAUGGGUGGGAGAACAUCACCCAUGGUAAGAUAAGACCACCCUAUUUGGGCCAAACUAAAUAAUUUAUUUCCAUCAUACAAAAUUUGACCAAUGUUGAAUGACAAUCUACCAGAGAUGUAUGCCACAAAAACUACUUAAUCAAAGUUUGGAAAAGAUCACAUCUGAAAUGUUUCCCAAGGGUAAUUAAAAACAGAAUGAAAAAAAUUCAUCCUGGCCACCUAAUCCAG